AUUGAAUCUCUUCUUGAUCAUUUGUUUGGAAAGUUUGAUAAAGGAAGACCUGCUAAUCUGUUGCAAGCUCGCAAUUUGUGGUACACUCUACGUAGCCUGCCUGCUCCCAAAUAUAGUGACAAUUUCUCAUAUAAUGAAGAUGAAUGGAAGAAGAUUCAAUGUUGGGUUGAGCAAGCUGUUGGGCAAUUUUUGGAUGCCUUCGAAUCUUCACGAAACCCGCUGCAACAGAGUGGCUGUCAUGAGCAUGAGUGGUUUCAUGGUUAUGUAAUUCCUAUCUUUCAAAAGGCCCUGGCCUUAGAUAGCACUUGCUAUGUGCCAUGGGGAGAAGUCUCGGUCUUGGCAUCCCAACGUCGUCGCAAUCACAAUAAGGACGUUUGCAUAGAGAAAGUCGAACGUGCACACAUGGCAGAUAUGCUAUGUUCGUAUGAACAAUAUGAGCUUGUCUGUGGACUGUCCUGUGGUGGACCACACUUCUAUGAUCUUACAAAAUUGAGCUCGGAUGAGUUUGGUCUUCCACGAAUGAUGAAAGACAUGCUUGAUGACAUACGAUUGAAGUUUCACUGUGCUUCCAAGGAUGAGUCACAAUUGUAUGUUCUUGGAUUGCAAACUUAUAUGACAGAAAUUCGCAUUUACUUAAUGGAUAGAUGUGAAGUAUAUAGGCUCCAUUUUGUCAAGACUAUUACCCUUCCACUAACAUUUCCUGCUUAUCGGAACUUAAACUUGAGGACUGCACUGAAAUGGGCUUGGAAUGUUCGGGGAAUAGUUAAAGAAUUGAUCAAAGAAAUUGAAAAGGAUUCUGACGAUGACGAUGACAGAGUCAAGACACCAUUGUAUGAACCUUUGAUCAUGCCAACCCAGGAUACACCCAAAAAGGUCCCAAAGAAAAGGGUGACAAAGAAAUGA